AUAUGAUGGGUGAUGGAGAAUGGGAAGCAGUAAGGCCCCUCAUCGCUGCAUAACUCUUUAGGGAAGAGGGUGCGAAGAGUAGGGUUAUGGAGGGGGAGGAGAUCGGUUUGGUGUUGGCUCGGGCAUCCGAGCUGCGAUCCAAGAUCAGCGAUUGCAUCGGUGGAAGUGGCGGCGGCGGCUGCCGCCAAGGAGGAGACGACGGUGAUGCGGGCGGUGGUGCCGCGAAGGAGGAGGAGGAGGAGGAGGCCGAUAGCCUCGUCGGUAUCCGUGACGCCCUCGACUCGCUGGAGCGGCAGCUCGCGGCCUUGCAGGAAUUGCAGCAUCAACAAAGGUAUGAAAGAGAAUCAAUUCUUUCCCAGAUUGAUUGCAGUCGAAUGAUAUUGCUCAGCAAACUUAAGGAGUACAAAGGUGAGGAGCUGGAAGCGAUUCACGAAGUUGCGACUUUUGCUGGCGAAGCAAUUGAGCUUGAUGACAACCUGGUUCUCCCCCCAUAUCCCACCCACCUUCCUGACUUGUUUGUUUUGGAUGACAUUGGCGCUGGUUCACACUUUAAAAAGAAUAAGACCACUCACAAUGGACCAGCAGCUGCCGCCAAGAAGGAAGGCAAGGGAACUGCAUGUGGAACCAAUAAGAACCAGGAUGACAAGACAUCAAAGCGAUUUAGAAAUAUCAUUGGAUUGGUUGUCAAGUCAACAAUAGCAAUUGUUAGUAUGAUGUCUAUGGUAAGUUUUGCUGGGCAUCAACCAAUGCUUAAGAGCAGACCACCAACAGAGAGGCAGAUCGGCAGUCACUGCCCACAGGGGAAGGUUCUGGUCAUUGAAGAUGGGAAAGCUCGGUGCAUAGUGAAAGAGCGAACUGAGGUUCCAUUCGAGUCUGAUGUUACAAGUCCAAACAUAAGAUACGGACUAGGAUGAAAUGGUCAUCUCUAAGUUGUAAAUUGUGUUGGGCAUCUUUGUUAUAUAUUGUGUUUAUUUCAGAUUAGGUAGAGAUGUGAAAAUUAUAAUGGCAAAAAGUUUUGUUCUCAGCAGAUGAGUGCAGUUAGGGUUAAUAUUCUAUAGCAUGAACCAAGGAUUUGCCGAUGGCUCUGAUUGCCCUUUCAUAUGAAUAUGAUGAUAAGUAAGUGUACUUGAGAAGAAACCUACUCUCUCCCUUGUUUGCUGCAUUGUGUAGUAUUGUAGACUCUGCCUAUGCUUGUGAUGCAAAACUGAAGUAUGCGACCCUGAAAUGUUUAUCA